AUGAAAUGGAUAUAUUACUUAUUUAAUAUACUUAUCAAUUAUUUAAUACCUAUUAACACUAUAGUAUAUGAUGAAGGAAUUAAUAUGAAUGUACAUAGGACAUCAUUCAAUGGAAAUGAAAAUGAAGAAGCUAAAAAUUAUAGGAAUAAUACUAAUAUAGAAAAUAAUCUAUAUGAAACAGAUAUAUCAACUACAUUAAUUCCAACUAUAAUGACAGAUGAACAAAGAUUAUUAUCAAAAAUAUUAAAUGGUUAUGAUACAGCAUCUAGACCAAUAUUUAAUGCAUCUAAAAGUGUACAAGUUGGAUUUCAAUUUACAUUAAUACAAAUUAGUCAAUUGGAUGAAGUAAACCAAGUACUUACAUUAAACGUAUGGAUUGAACAGGAAUGGGUUGAUGAAAGACUUACAUGGAAUCCUCAAGAUUAUAAUAAUCUUUCAAGAAUAAGAAUUCCAUGUCAAAAAUUAUGGUUACCAGAUAUUGUAUUAUAUAAUAGUGCAGAUGAUUACAAAACAGAUUAUAUGCAAAGUAAAGCAAUGGUACAAUUCAAUGGAAAUGUAUUUUGGCCACCACCAGCUAAAUUACGAUCAACUUGUAAAAUUGAUAUUACCUAUUUUCCAUUUGAUGAUCAAUCAUGUACUAUGAAAUUUGGUUCAUGGACAUAUGAUGGUUGGCAAGUGAAUGUAAUUAAAAGACAUGAUGAAGUAGAUAUAUCGAAUUAUGUUGAAAAUGGUGAAUGGGAUCUACUUAAAGUUGUCGUAGAAAGACAUGAGAUAUUUUAUCCAUGCUGUAAUGAACCAUAUCCUGAUUUACGAUUUACAAUUUAUAUGCGUCGACGUACACUUUAUUAUUUAUUUAAUAUCAUUUUUCCAUGUUUAUGGUUAACUGUAUUAAGUUUAGUUAGUUUUUGGUUACCUCCUGAUUCUGGUGAAAAAAUUACACUUGGUAUAACUGUAUUAUUAGCAUUCAGUGUAUUUAUGUUAUUGAUUGCAGAGAAUAUGCCAGCUACAAGUGAAUUUGUACCUUUAAUUGGUGUUUAUCUUACAGUAACCAUGACAAUGACAUCAUUAUCAAUUAUAUUAACUGUAUUAGUAUUACAUCUCCAUCAUACUGGAUCUAAUCGUCAACCUGUACCAAAAUAUAUUAAAAAAAUAUUUUUUAAUUUUAUAGCAAAAUUAUUAUGUUUAAAUAUUGUCUAUCGAUAUCAAAUGAAACAGGAUCAAUCAAUCAAGUUAACGAAACAAACAAAAUUGAUUUUAGAUCAACUUCAAAAUGAUCAACAACAGAAUGAUCAAUAUUUAUCUUCUUCUAAUCAUUAUUUACCAUCGGAUGUAUUAACUUCUAAUAGACAAACAAAGAAACAAGUAUCAUCUAAACAGUAUAAAGAAAAUUUUAUUGAACAACAACAUCAUCAUCAUGAGGAACAAUAUGAAUCCAUAAUGAUGAAUCGAUUGAGUUCCCCUAAUUUAAACCGAAUUCAUUCAAUUAAUGAACCUAAACCAACUGUACAUGUCGUUCGAUUAGUUAAUAAAGAAGAAGAUCAACAAUCAACUUCCAUAAAGAAGAAGAAUCUAAAUCAACAAAUGAUUACUAAAUAUAAACAAUAUGAAAUGUCUUAUGAUCAUCGUACAUAUUAUACAAGAUCUACAGAUGAUCUCAUAGAUAAUGAUGCUGAUGAUGAUGUCACACUACUGAAUUCUUUUAACAAACAUCAACAUACUACUCACAGUAGUAUAAAUCAUUCUAAAGAAUUUCAAUGUUUAUUAACAAAAUUAUCAAAAAUUUUACAAAAAACUGAAAAGCAACAAAAAAUUAUAGAAAUUUAUUUAUCUAAUUUAUAUUAUAAACAAUAUCAUGAACAAUCCAUUAUUGAUAUCAUUAAUGAAUGGCGUAUAUUAGCUGUUAUUGUUGAUCGUAUGUUAUUUUGGUUAUUUUUAUUUAUUGCUAUGAUAGCAACCAUUGUAAUCUUAUUAAUUAUGCCAUUAUUUAAACCAACUUUUGCAUAGUACUUACUGAAUUACUUAUGCCGGUUACUCCUCGUCAAGGAGCAUAGGCCGCUCAUCAGUAUUCGCCAUACAAACCUGUCCUGGUCAAUCGUCUCCAGCUCCUUCCAGUCAUUAUUCAUCCUUUUCAUAUCUGCUUCGAUUUCCCGGACGUAAUAUGUUCUUUGGCCUUCCUCUUUUCCGCUUCCCUUCAGGAUUCCAAGUUAGGGCAUGCCUCGUGAUGCAGUUUGACGAUUCACGUAAUGUAUGUCUUAUUCAUUUCCAUCGUCUUUUUCUAAUUUCUUCUUCAGGUGGAAGCUGGUUUGUUCUCUCCCAGAACAUAGUAACCAAAAUAAAUAAUCAAUAUGUUAUCAUGGUGAGGUUGAAGUUGCCUUCACUUUAUCCUGAAUCUUCUUUUCUAGUUCUAUUCAAUUAUUGUUCAUUCUUCUGAUGUUUGUCUCGGUUUCUUGGUGUAAUGUAUUCUUUGGUCUUUCUCUCCUCCUUUGGCAUUUAGAGCUUGCCUUGUGACGUAGUUGGAUGCUAUCUUCAAUGUGUGUCCUAUCCAUUUCCAGCGCUUCUUACUGAUUUCUUUCUUCAUUGGAAUUUGAUAUGUUCUUUAUCAGAGUAGACUGUUGUUGUCAGUGUCUGGUCAAAGGAUCCGAAGUAUUUUGUGUAGAUUCUUUCCCAGUGUUUAUUGUACAAGAUUUCAAUGUAACUCAGAUCAAGAAUAGGUGUGAUUAGUCUGAUUAGAAUGUAAAUAUAUUUCCACACUGGAAACCGACAACAAUCACAGUAAUAAUAAGAAUACCUUUCAAACUACUGUCUCCUAGUCUGAUUAAACAAAUAACUAAACAUUGUCAUCUUUGCUCAUACAUUAAAAUGGCAAUGAUUUACUUUGUUAUUUUGCGGGGUGUGUAGUUAUGUCACCGUUUAUCAUUGAUGAUGUACACUUUUCAGUUAUUUCUCUUCAUUCUUAUUUCAUCUAAGAUUCUAUUCAUUUAUGAAUAUAUAAACAAAUGAUGCCUUGAAACCUAUUGAAUAUUAGAAUAUGAAUCUUCUGUUGAAUGUUGCAUCUAUACAACUACUGUAAAAAGCAAAAUCAGAUUUAUGGCAAGACUUUAAUUUAUGAACGAACCAUUCACGUAUAGGAUUACAGAUCUCAGAUUUUGACACGAAAUUCAUUCAUUCAAUUGGCUUAUGUCAGUUCGUAAUGAAAACUCUAAAUCGAAUUCCUCAAACAAGUUUAUAACCCUCAUUUGAUACUGGUUAUUAGUUGAACACUCUCAAGGUUAAUUUAGUAUCGCUGAAAGGUUGUUCAUAAAUUAUAGUCUCAACGAGAUUAUGUCCCUCAAUCUAGGCUACUUACCCCCUACCCCUUCACGAAAUUAUUGAUUAUUAACAGUAAAAAAAAGUAUAUUUUGUUACUAUGUGAUUCCUUUAUAAUGAUCACUUCCUUUAAAUACAAUAAGCUCAGUGAUGUAUUUAAUUGCUUUUAUAUUUGAUACAUUUUCUAUGAAUAAUUGACCUUACCCUAUCAUGAAUUGUACAAAUACAUUUUUAUUUCUUUUGGAUUAUUAUUUUUUUUUAAAAAGAAGAAAAGAAUCA